CUCCUUCUUAUGAUGCCAUCAUCGUUUUUAUGGCCUUUUUUGUCGUUCGAACUUGGGGCCAGUCGUUGACGCGCUCUCUCUUUCUCUCUCUCUCAUGCCCAUCACGUAGUCGUGGAAAGUUUCUUCCAGUCGGAAGAGUUGGCGUCUGGAUGGAAUAAGGCGAUAGUGAUGCCAUCGAAUAUUCCCAUUAUCUCUGUGGUGAACAAAGUAGUGAGUUUUUUUUCCUUUUAUUUGCAUCGAUGCCCAGGAGGUGUUGGGAGAAGGCUCUCAUGGCUUCCCCUCUCUUUUGCACUCUCGGUUUGCUUGCGAUUAUUGUUCUUACUCUUGUAAAUGCCUGUGUCGGAAGACCCUUCUACCCUCUCCCAAGUAAACAAGAUGUGGAAAAUCGGCAACCAAUUCAAACAUUUCGCCCAUAUAAUAUAGCACAUCGAGGAUCAAACGGAGAGCUUCCAGAAGAAACCGCCGCUGCUUAUAUGAGGGCUAUUGAGGAAGGUGCAGACUUCAUAGAAACUGAUAUCCUUGCCACCAAGGAUGGUGCUCUCAUAUGUUUCCAUGAUGUAUAUCUUGAUGAUGUAACUAAUGUGAUACAUCAUAAAGAAUUUGCUGAUCGCAAAAGAACCUAUGAAGUCCAAGGAUCUAACACUACUGGAUUUUUUACAGUUGACUUUACUUUGGAAGAGAUCAAAACAUUGAGAGUGAACCAGAGAUACAAGUUUCGGGAUCAAUCAUACAAUGGAAAAUUCCCAAUCAUUACCUUUGAAGAGUACAUAGCCAUUGCAUUAGAUGCACCACGAAUUGUUGGAAUCUAUCCUGAAAUCAAAAACCCUGUUUUCAUCAAUGAACAUGUAAAAUGGGCAGGUGGGAAGAGAUUUGAAGACAAGUUCAUUGAGACACUUCAGAAAUAUGGCUACAAAGGGGAGUAUAUGUCAAAGGACUGGCUGUCGCAACCAAUAUUUAUUCAAUCCUUUGCUCCAACUUCACUCAUAUAUGUCUCAAAUCUCACAGACUCUCCCAAAAUUUUCUUAAUUGAUGAUGUCAAUGUGCCAACUCAGGAUACAAACCAGUCGUACUCAGAGAUCACUUCAGAUGCUUAUUUCAAUUACAUCAAACAAUAUGUGGUUGGCAUCGGACCAUGGAAGGAUACAGUUGUCCCACCUAUGGAGAAUCAUCUGACAACAGCUACCGAUCUUGUUGCUAAGGCACAUGCCCACGAUUUGCAGGUGCAUCCAUACACCUACAGAAAUGAGUUCAUGUUCCUUCACUUCAACUUCCGUCAGGACCCCUAUGUAGAGUAUGACUAUUGGAUUAACAAGAUUGGAAUUGAUGGAUUAUUUACAGAUUUCACUGGAAGCUUACAUAAUUUUCAGGACUGGACAUCUCAUUCAUCCAAAAACAAGAAAUCUGAAGUGUAGUUAUUGUAUAACGUUGAAGCAAUGAUCACAUCGUUUUCAAAUUCUUAAAAAUCUACACACUGCUUUUGCUGGAAAACAAGCAUUACAUCAUGCAGUGUGAAAAUGUUUGAAGUUCUUUGCAGUCAGCUAUUGCAGUUCUAGUCUUGUCAAGGAGUACUCUAGCGAGCAAGCAAUUCUGGAAUCCAAGGAAUUGAAAGAUGCUUCAAAAUUGUAUGCCACAUAAAGUGCCAACUGUGCAAGUUAGCACAUAAAUGGAUGAAAUAAAAGUGCCCCCAUCUACUGUAUUUGUAAAGGGUGUUUUUUCCUCUUGCUCUUUGUAUAUGUAUCCAUGGAACUUUUCUUCUCCUCCCUUGAUAUCCGAUCUUUUGCACACUGCUUUGCCAA